CCGAAACAUAGCGCUGGUUUUUCUUAGCGGUCGAUUAGUUAUUGAAUCGAAAUGCCAACGGUCCCGACGUAUACAGAUCAGACGGCCUACAGAGUUUAAACACGUUCGACGUUCUUGCGUAUAUUCAUAGUCUCGUCUACAUUUUAUUAUUAUUAUUUUAAAACGUUGUUUGUAUUACAUUCUCGAAAAUGUUUAACUGUACGACCUGUGGAAAAGUGUACGCUCAUAAGUGUGGUUUGAACAGACAUGUCAAAACUCACGAUGGAUCGGUGAUUUCAUGUGGAAUAUGCCUCAAGAUAUUCAACCGCCGAGACAAACUCAGCAUCCACGUACAAAAUUGUCAUAAGAUCGUUAAAAACACUCCCGAAUUUCACAGCGCUGUACGAGUAGGUGGUUCAAUGGGUCGCGCAUCAGUCAUAAACUGGGCACCCCCCGCUACUACCCCGUACGCUCCACCAGAUGUUUCGACUCCGACGGACAUCUCGACUAGCCGCCGCUGUGCGGACACAUCUAUUCCCCCGCCUCAAGCCUCAUCAUCAUCGUCCCCCCACACACCGGUUAUCGUUUCCCCACCACCCGCACAGGCUAUCAUCGGCGGAAUAGCCGCACUUCCACUUUCACUUUCACCACCGUCCGUCGAGGAAGGCGAGUCUCAUACGGAAAAUACUAGUAAAAACAUCAAACGUAAAAAGGCGCGUAUGCAAAAGGUUAAUACGCCGGGCUUUAUCGAGAUCGAGUCAUCGCAUAAACGGGCGAUCGUAUAUUCGUAUGGUAUUUUAGGAAGAACGUUGAUAACGUAG